ACUAACAUUUCACUUGUUUAUUUGGCUCCCAUCACAUUAGAAAAACGCUUACAUGUUUCAGCGCAGAGCCUUCUUCAGAGCAUUUUAAGUAUACAGGUUCAUUUCAGUCAUAUAUAUACAAGGGCAGAGUUAUUCCCAGCUGAAUGUUUGUUUGGUGGUUCAUUCAACAAGCUGAGCUGCAGGACAAGGCGUGUGGUUCAUGUCUUGUACCUGACACACACACCCACACAUAUAUAUACACAUACACACACACACACAUACAUACAUACAUACACAGACAUGUGAUUUCCAGGAAAGAAGAAGGAGGGAGGAGCAAACAGGGGAAGGCUCCAUUUUAAAGUGCACAAAGAAGAGAAGUCUGUAAGUCCGAGGCAGGUGUUACUGGUUUACCUCUCAGUCUAAUGAUCAUCCUCCAGACUUCAGUAAUGAACCUGGACCCUCAGACACAAAAAUAAAAAACACACAAGAGUGCACUUUGAGACAAGAUCCUCAUUUUCAGGUGCUGUCAGUUGACAGCUUUCACACCAGCAUUAAUGAACCAACCAGAACAUGUGAAUGCACCAGAGUUCACUGAACUGCAACAAACAGAGAGCCAAGAUGACGGAGAUGGACCUCCUCAACAUUCUUGAUGAUCUAGGAGAUGAUGAAUUUGAGAAGUUCAAGUGGUCCCUGAAGUAUGAAAAGGUGGGCGACAUCCCACCCAUCAAAGAAAGCCAGCUGUCGAAGGCAGAGAGGCGCAACGUGGUGGAUCUGAUGGUGCAGAAAUAUGAAUUUGCUGGAGCUGUGGAAGUGAUCAAGAGCAUUUUAAAGAAGAUCAGCAGGAAUGAUCUGGUGAGGGAGUUGCCAAACAUCAGCUCAGGAGCAGAAGCAGAUAGUGGUCUGCAUGAGGUUUUAGAUAUAUAUAAGAUCAGUCUUCGGAGGAAAUGUCAACAAGUGACUGAAGGAACUGAUGGAGCAGGAAGUGAAACCCUCCUCAACAGGAUCUACACUGAGCUAUACAUCACAGAGGGAAAGAGUGAAGAAGUUAAUACCCAACAUGAGGUGUGGCAACUUGAAAUUGCUUCUAAGAAUAAGACCUUCCAUGAGACAAUAAAGUGCCACGACAUCUUUAAAGUCUUACCUGACCAAGAGGAACACAUCAUCAAAGUUGUUCUGACGAGCGGUGUCGCUGGUGUAGGAAAAACCUUCUCAGUGCAGAAGUUCACUCUGGACUGGGCAAAGGGCUUGGAAAACCAAGAUGUCAGUCUGGUGAUCCCACUUUCGUUCAGGGAGCUGAACUUGUUCAAAGAUGAGCAGUACAGUCUUCUCAGGUUGAUCCAUGAGUUCCAUCCAACAUUACAGAAGGUCACAGCAGAGAGGCUCGACUCUAAAGACUGUAAAAUUUUAUUCAUCUUUGAUGGCCUGGAUGAAAGCAGACUUGAACUGGAUUUUGAGAACAAUGGGGUUGUGUCUGAUGUCACACAGAGGUCAUCAGUCAACGUGCUGUUGACAAACCUCAUCAAGGGGAAUCUGCUUCCCUUGGCUCUCAUCUGGAUAACUUCCCGACCUGCAGCGGCCAGUCAGAUCCUAGAUCAGAAAUGUUAUGACAGGGUAACAGAAGUACGAGGCUUCACUGACGCCCAGAAGGAGGAAUACUUCAGGAAGAGAUUCAGUGAUGAAGAGCUGUCCAGCAGCAUCAUCUCACACAUCAAGACAUCCAGGAGCCUCCACAUCAUGUGUCACAUCCCCCUCUUCUGCUGGAUCACUGCUACAGUUCUGAAACACAUGUUGACUACAGACAAGAGAGGAGAGCUGCCCAAGACCCUGACUGACCUGUACUCAUACUUCCUGCUGGUUCAGACAAUGAGGAAGAAGCACAAGUAUGAUGCACACAAGACAAAGAGGAAGAAGUAUGAUGAGGAGCUGACGGAGGCUGACAGGGAAGUUCUUCUGAAGCUGGGGAAGCUGGCGUUUGAACAACUGGAAAAAGGAAACAUCAUGUUCUACCAAAAAGAUCUGGAGGAGUGUGGUCUUGAUGUCACAGAGGCCUCAGUGUUAUCAGGAGUUUGUACAGAGAUCUUCAAAAGAGAGAGUGUGAUCUCCCAGAAAACAGUCUACUGCUUUGUUCAUCUGAGCAUUCAGGAGUUUCUGGCUGCAGUCUACAUGUACCACUGUUUCACCAGCAGGAACACAAAGGUACUGAAGGACUUCCUGGGAAAAGACCACAGUAACUCAUCUCUGGAUCACUUCCUGAUGGACGUCAUGAAGAAAUCUCUCGGAAGUGAAAAUGGCCACCUGGACCUGUUUGCUCGCUUCCUUCAUGGCCUCUCUCUGGAGUCCAACCAGAGUCUCUUAGGAGGCCUGCUGGGUCAGACAGAGAACAGUCCAGAAAUCAUCCAGAGAGCCAUCAACAACCUGAAGAAGAUGAACGGUUACUGGUAUUAUGAUGAUGGUGUUUAUCAUGAUGAUGGUAUCUCUCCUGACAGAAGCAUCAACAUCUUCCACUGUCUGAUGGAGAUGAACGACCUCUCAGUACAUCAGGAGAUCCAAGAGUUCCUGAAGUCAGAGAACAAAUCAAAGAAGACUCUCCAUGUGAUUCAGUGCUCAGCUCUGGCCUACAUGCUGCAGAUGUCUGAGGAGGUUCUGGAUGAGUUGGACCUGACAAAGUACAAUACUUCAGCCGAGGGACGACUGAGACUGCUCCCAGCUGUGAGGAACUGCAAAAAGGCUGUACUUUUUAACUGUGGACUCUCAAAGACUCGCUAUGAAAUUGUGGCCUCAGCUCUGAAGUCUAACCCCUCCCAUCUGAGAGAGCUGGAUCUGAGUGGAAACAGUCUGUCAGAUUCCGGAGUGAAGCUUCUGUCUGCUGGACUGGAGAGUCCAAACUGUAGACUGGAGUCUCUGAGAUUGGGAAUAUGCGGUUUGUCAGAGAUCAGCUGUGCUUCUCUCAUGUCAGCUCUGAAGUCCAACCCCUCCCAUCUGAGAGAGCUGGAUCUGAGCCACAACAAGCUUCAGGAUUCAGGAGUGAAGCUGCUGUGUGAUUUUCUGGAGAGUCCACACUGUAGACUGGAGACACUGGGAUUGAAGGACUGCAGUUUGUCAGAGAUCAACUAUGCUUCUCUGGUCUCAGUUCUGAAGUCCAACCCCUGCCAUCUAAGAAGGUUGGAAUUGGGUAACAAGCUGCAAGAUUCAGUGAUGAAGCUGAUUUGUGAUUUUCUGAAGAGUCCACACUGUAGACUGGAGACUCUGGGAUUGGUUUUCUGCAGUUUAUCAGAGAUCAGCUGUGCUUCUCUGGUCUCAGCUUUGAAGUCCAACCCUGCCCAUCUGAGAAAGCUGGAUCUGAGUAGAAACAAACUGCAGGAUUCAGACGUGAGGCUACUGUGUGAUUUUCUGGAGAGUCCACACUGUAAACUGGAGACUCUGAGAUUGUGGGACUGCAGUUUGUCAGGGAUCAGCUGUGCUUCUCUGGCCUCCGCUCUGAAGUCCAACCCCUCCCAUCUGAGAGAAUUAGAUCUGGGUCGCAGCAUCUUUCAGGAUUCAGACAUAAAGUUGCUGUGUGAUCUUCAGGACAGUCCACACUGUAGACUGGAGACUCUGAGUGAAGCUGUGAGAGGAGAAUGGUGACAGGCCUCAGG